GCGGCCGUUAGUAACAGUAACUAGAUUUCUCCUCACUUUGGCUCCACAACUCUGAAGAGAAAUCAGAGACCCAAUCAAACUUCACCAAUAUGUCCAAUUCUCCGUCGUCGUCUGAAUCCAAAUCCCCAAGUGACGCCAGCUCGUCGGAUUUCUCUCGCACUUUCAAGUACCUAUUGGCUACCCAGUUGUGUUCAAGAGGAAUUCCAUUCAUAGUCAAUGCUGUGAUCCUCAGAAAUUUCCUUAAAGUUGAAGACUUUGCGCUCUAUGGAGUACAGUUUCCGCUAUUUGUGAAUUGCGUGUUGUUUCUCAGCCGGGAGGGGUUUCGGCGAGCAUGUCUGCGACAGGACAUGAAAAGCGAUGGUACUUCAACAGAAGAAAACAUAGCAAAGAUCAUGAAAUUUGCGUGGUUGGUUCCACCGUGUGGAAUUAUUAUUACUACUGCAGCGUCUGGUUUUGUCUUUUGGUGGAAAGGCUUGAGCUUUUCUGAUCCAUAUGGACAAGGGAUCUUGAUUACUGGCGGUGCAUGUAUAUUAGAACUAUUGGCAGAGCCCUUGUAUAUCCUAUCUCAAAACUUGCUGCUGCUUAAAUUAAGGCUGGCAGUUGAAACUGCCGCUACUUUUUUUCGCUGCAUAACAACAGCCGUUCUCUUUGGCAUGCGAGCUGACAUGGAAAAAGAGAUUAUAUUUGCAUUGUCACAGACUGCUUAUGGACUGUGCUUGUUCUCAGGGUAUUGGGUCUACUUUCUUCGUUUUCGUCCAUAUAGAAGUUCUGCUCUUUUCCCCUUCAGAGCAAAGAAUAAGAAGAAUUAUGAUGGGGAGCUGUUAAAGAUGUGUGAGUUGUUUGCUUUGCAAUCCUGUGUGAAACUGAUCCUUCAGGAAGGACAAAAUUUUGUUCUUUUACAGUGGGCAACAUAUUAUAACCAAGCUGUAUAUGGAUUUGUGGACAAUUUAGGGAGCCUGGUGGUGAGGAUGGUGUUUCUUCCUUUUGAAGAAAGUACCUAUGCUACAUUUGCAAGGUCUGCAUCAGGAAAAGACCCAGAUAAGGACAAGAGGUUGGGAAGUAGCCUUACAGAGGCCCUUAAGCUGGUUUUGUUAAUAGGUCUUAUAUUUAUGGCGUUUGGCCCGAGUUAUGCUUAUUCUCUCAUCAGAUUGGUGUAUGGUCAAAAAUGGAGUGAUGGGGAAGCAUCAACAGCCCUGGGAUAUUAUUGCUUUUAUAUUAUUGUUUUGGCUAUGAAUGGAACUUCUGAAGCAUUUGUACAUGCAGUUGCCAAGAAGAACCAGCUUCUGUGGUCAAAUCUUCCAUCUGUUCUGAUAACAAUUAUAUAUGUAGUACUGAAUAUCCUGCUGGUAAACUCCGCUGGCGCAGUUGGCUUAAUUUUGGCAAAUUCAUUAAAUAUGAUUUUGAGAAUAUUAUACUCUGGGGCAUUCAUCAAGCAUUACUUCCAGGAUUCUUCCUCAUUUUCUUUUUACAAAUGCUUACCUGAAGGAUGGAAGGUCUUGCUGUUUUCAGGAAUAACUACUAUCAUUUCUGAGAGAAUAUUUCUAGACAGGAAGAAUUUCUGGGCGACUUUUGUUGUUCAUUUUACCAUUGGGGUCGCUUGCUUCUGCACUUCGGCAUUUGUCAUAUAUCGUCAUGAGAGAUCCCUUAUCAACAAAAUCAUUCCCAUCAACAGGAUUUUCCCAAGCAUCAACAAAACUGUCCGCUUCCGUGAUCACUCAGACUGAAAACAAACUUUUUCCAAUCUAUCUAUGGACGUGGAGAAUAUUUCCUUUGCCACUAACCUGCUUACAACUUCUUAUGCAUAUCUGGAAUUGGGGAUUCCCGAUUACGGCAUACCUAUUUUGUAUUGAUGCAUCAAGAACAAGAAGAUGAUGGAGUUGCAGACAGGAAGACAAGAGCACAAGUGGGUAAAAACACUGACAUCAUAGAUUCUGUUCGAGUUUCCAUCAACAAGCGUACAACAAGAUAGAUGGAUAGAUAAAAGUUAACGAGGAAUCCCAUUUAGUGGGAAUUUUUGAUAAUGUAUACAUGAAAGAUUUCUUCUUCUUUUUCUUUUUUUCGAAAGGAUACACGGAAGAUUUCAUUUACAUUAUUUUGAUGUUAGAAUUCCAAGG